CACACAUACAUACCUCUGUUGAGCAGAGGAUAUUGGGAUAAUAUAUAAGCACAAACUCCCACACAAACACAAGACACACACAAAAGACUGCACAUAAGUUCCAUUGAGUGUGUUCUGCUGUUGUCAUUUGAAAUUCUGCUUUCUUUUCGAAUCCGAAAACGGGGGUGACGGCAAUGGAUGCGUCUCAGCCUCUCACCAUUGAGAGCUUCUCGUACAGCUGGUUAGUGAACCUCAAGCCGUCUCAGGAAGGCCUCGACAGCUCCCUCGGAGCCUCUUUUGAAUCGGCCGAUGAAGCUUCCUUCAUCGAGAUGGACCCGAGGUUAACUCCAUCCAAAAGAUUCUACCAGAGAUCAAGCUCCCAUGAUUUCAAGUUCGAUUUCCCAACAUCACAGGCUCCUCUUACGCUCGUUCAUGCAGAUGAGCUCUUUUCAGGCGGUUAUGUCUUGCCCAUUUUUGCAGAUCCAUUGAAGAUCAAGUCUUAUGAAGCUGAGUUCGACUCCUCUUCUACUAUGCCGCCCUCUACUCAUCCUGCUAAAUUUUGUUCCUCCGUGAAUAAAAUCCGCUCACCUUCACUGAGAAGGUGCGCAACAUUGUCGAAGCAAGUGUUCCAUAAGUACUUCCAGUUAUUUAGACCCGUGUGUCGAAUUAUCCGAAGAUGCAAAUCGAGUUCCAAGAGAGAGAAUUCGAGAACUCAGGCGAGCAGGAACUGUGUUUAUCCAGCAGACUCUUCUCCCAGGAUGAGCUCGACGUCAUCUGUCGACUACUGGAGAAGGUCUUGUGACUCCGAUAGCUCGAUCUAUGAGGCAGUGCUCCAUUGCAAGAGAUCCUUUGGAAAGUGAAGUAAAGAGAUGAUACGAAGAUGAAAAUUGGGGAAAACGGGCCAAGAGAAGAGCAGGAGAACUUUCAGCCAAGGAGAUGAGAGCUGUCAAGAUCAUCCCGAGUCACUUGUUUGUUGUCCUUCUUGAGGACUUCCUGGAAAUAUGGAAUUUGUAUAGAAAACUAAUGUGUGUGGAUGCUGGCCAAUGACAAUAAGAUUUUUCUUUUGAUCCUCUUUUCUGAGGUGGGAAAGUUUCUUAAGUACUUCGGAAAUCUUCAUCUACUUGUUUCUGUAAAGUGCUACUUACUUGAAUAAUAUUACAAUUUUUGUUCGUUUCA